CUUUUCUAUUUACUGUUUUUAAUUUUGAUUUUGUUUUUGUUUUCAAAUAUGGGCAUGGAUCAAUCCUAGUAAUAUUUGAGGAGUUGAGAGUAAGAACUACACAAGGAAGGCAAUCUCAAAAGAAUGGCGCCUGCUUCGUCCUUAUCUGCCCUGUCUCUGCUCCCUCGCUUCUUUUCCUUCCCCGCACCUUCAUCCUACGAGAAUGGCAUCAAGAAAUGCAGAGACCAACGCGUGUUUUGCUGCGGGAACAGAGAUCAUCAUCGAGACCCAUGUAGCUGCGUUCGAGAACAUUCUGGAAUUAGAAGAAGAGAGGCUAUGCUUCGACUGGCGCUUGGUUCGUUCUCUUUCCCGGCGGCAAUUGUUUCAGAUGCAUUGGCGGAGAACGAUGUGCCGGAGGGUUUUCGGGUUUACUCCGACAACCUAAACAAGUUCAAUAUCUUGAUCCCUGGAGACUGGCAAGUGGGUGCAGGAGAACCUAAUGGAUUCAAAUCAGUGACUGCUUUCUACCCGCAAGAAGCUUCUAGCUCAAAUGUCAGCGUAGUAAUCACAGGGCUCGGUCCGGAUUUUACCAGAUUGGAGUCUUUUGGCAAAGUUGAUGCCUUUGCUGAGACUUUGGUUAGUGGCUUGGACAGAAGUUGGCAAAGACCUCCUGGUGUGGCUGCCAAACUCAUAGAUUGUAAAGCUUCUAAUGGGUUGUAUUACAUUGAGUACUCACUGCAAAAUCCUGGUGAAAGUUACAGACAUUUAUAUUCAGCAAUGGGAGUGGCAUCCAAUGGCUGGUAUAACAGACUAUAUACUGUGACUGGACAGUUUGUGGAAGAAGAUUUGGGGAAAUAUGGUUCUGCAAUUGAAAAGGCUGUUGCAUCUUUCAGGUUUAUCUGAAGAAAUAUUUACAAGCAAGAAGUGGGGUGUGGAGAUUACAUUCACAAGCCUUAAUACUGUCAAAUCCAAUCCAUUCAAUCGGACUUAACAGUUGGUCACAAGCCUGAUGUAUAUAGCCUUCUUUAUAUACAUUUUCUUUUUUUAAUUUUUUCAUGAUAAGCUCCUAUUAUUCGAAAUGAAACAGAUUGAAAAUGAAGUACAAUUAAAAAUUAUAUUAUGAACAUGUUAAUUUCAUUUCAUUCUUGAAUGCAAAUCGAGUCAUUUUUAGUGGUACA